UUACGGGAACGCAGCAAUCGCGGAACAAAGUCUAGUAGGAUUCGCGCUUUGUACAAAUUUAUAUCCGAAGGUAGACUCGGGAGUGUCCAACCCUGGUGCUGUCUAGAAUUUAGAUUAUUUGAUGCCACGUUCCAGUUGCUUUCCAAGAUCUCAAAUUAGAGAUGUUUGCCAAGGCCACCAGUAACUUCGUCAAGGAGAUAGACCCCGAAGGGCGUCUGAUCCCGGUGUCCCGCCUGAACGACUCGGACAAGCUGGUCCCUCUGUCGCUGGUCAUCCGGCGCAAACGCUUCUGGUUCUGGCAGCGGCCCAAGUACCUGCCUUCUGACUUCACCCUGAGCGACGUGCUGCUCGGAGACAAGCCCAUCAACCCAGUUGUUGUGGAGACUGACUUCCUGAAGUAUGCGGGGACCUUCGGGGACUCCGUGUCGGGAAAGGUGGAUGCAGAGGUGGGACAGACGAACCUCAGCGUGGAGGGCAAAGGCUCGUUUAAACUGCAGUCCUCCUUCGGCAGCCUGAAGAAGCAGGAGGUGGACGUCCCGAAACUGCUGCAGGACUCCAAGGAUAGAGUCCUGAGCCUGGAGCACUGCCUGGUGCAUCAGACCCUGGUGAAGCGCAACGAGGCCUUUGGGGUUCUGAAGGAGAAGAUCGUGACGACCCAGAAGUGCUCAGUCACCGAGGACGUUCAGGAGCAGGGCCAGUGUGCGGGCGUGCUCGGCCUCUUCAGCAACAGGGCCAUAAAGGUGUCGGUGAACGAGAACGGCAGCGCGCAGCAGGACAGCAGCGUUUCCCUGGAGAUUCCCGCUCAGACGGUCAUAGCGUACAGCAUCAUCGAGCUGGAGGUGAAACACGGCGGACAGUACGAGCUCUGCCUGGAGCCAGACACCUUUGGGGGGUUUGAAGUGGACAGCCACACCCGGGCCAAAGAUGCAGUAGACGGGCUGAUCACUAAGGGUGCGGAGUACCACCCAGCGAGACCUACAGAGACACCGGUCCUGAAGCAAGAACUGGAGAAGCUGCAGGCGCAUUUCCAGCAGCUAGCAGAUCUCCCAGCCCCAGCCCGUUCCACGCUGCUCCAGCUCCUGAUGUCCAUCAUGCUGGACAGAGCGGCACUCGCUGCCCUGGAGAGCGGGCUGGAUCAGUUGUGUUUGGGCGGGACACCUGACCUCAGCGAGCUGGAGGACUUGUCCUCCCUCAAGCAGACAGUCCAGGACCUUCUGGACCUGGUGUUGCAGUCCAAUCAGGCAGGUCAGAACCUGAGUGAUGGACAGUCUGGUGGGCCACGCCCCUCUUCCCCGGUCCUUACUGCUGUUCAUGUUCUGGUCAGUGCCAUGGCAGAGAUGACCGAUGCUGCUCUGAGUCACUUGGGAUCCUGCAGUCCUCAGUUCCUGCAUGACCUGCAGCAGCUGGUUCACUGCCUGGCUGCAGGGGGCGAGAUGAGCCUGCAGGACCCCGCCCUGUCUGAGCUGGUGGGGCAGGCGGAAGCAUAUCAGAGAGCAGAGCAGCUGUUCUCCUGCUCCAAGGUGAUCCUCCAGAGAGAGGCCGGCACACUGCGAGUGGAAACAGGGUCCCAAAUAUCACUCCGCCCCCUCGUCAUGUGCAUCACCGUACGAGGCCUCGCUUCCCUGGGCACAUAGUGCGUUUGAGCGCGUGUGGACGGGGGCGGGCAAGUUCUGCUCUUUGUGUGUGUGUGUGUGUGUGUGCAGUAUGCUGCCCAGUUGUCCAAAGCUGUCCAGAUGUAAUCCUUUGGCCCUCACCUCCUCCAAUUUGAUGAUCUGAUACGUCUCCACCCCCUGAAGUCUCACCACUGGAGCCCCCUGCUGGACAUAUACUGACACUAACAGUCUUGUGAAGAUUAAUCUUCAUUAACAGUUUUACAUUUCAAAAAAUAACCAUUUAUAAGCUUUUUCUGAAAUUUUAUAAACUAGUUUCGCUCCAGGGUUGAAAAACUCAUACUGAAAGCUGUUAUUACAACUCGACUGCAGUGUAUAUUGACAGUCAUAUAAAACCAUUUGAGGAGAUCAUGGCAUUCUCAGGAAAAUAAAUGUUUUUACACAUUUUGAUUUAGGAAAGAAAUGACUGCGAUUCAUGGUAAAAAGAUCUUGCAAUGACUGGUUCAGGGCAGGGAAAGACAUCCACCGCCAUUUCCAAUAAAAGACCCAAGACUUACAUUUAUAAUACCUUCAUUUGCAAAAUCACAUGGUACAGGUAGUUUUGAAUGAGUUAAAAACUAUUUUUAAACCAAUCAACAAUUUAAGCUUUACCAAGUGAUUUAACAAAUUGUAUUAUACAUGCAUUUACUAUAAAGGAACUUCUUGACUUUGGUCUUGUUUGGACAAUGUGAAGACACAACUUUCCUCCACCUUGAAUCUUCAAAUAUUGAAUUCACUCGUCGCAGAUUUCUGGACAAAAUAAAAACAUUUUACCACAUGUCCAAUAUG